AUGCUGCUCUCUGCGCUGGUCGUGCCACUCGUGUACGCUGCUUCGGCGCUCGCCACGGCAUCCAUCGCCGCGGGCCCCUCCACGAUCACCAAACAUGAGACUGUUACCGCUGCACCGGCUGGAACAACGACGCUCACCCUCACCGGAUCGACUUCAACCACCUCCCCAGCUGGCAUACCCAUCGUUACCAUCAUUGAUAGCACCACCGUGCUCGCCAUUGUGACCACGGUCAACACGAGCAGCCAAGCCUGGACCUCCACCAUCGUCAUCUCCGGCCAGGGCACGCACACAGAUCCCGUGGCAACGGUCAACACCUCUGUCUCUUCCACGAAUUGCAACGACACAUUCACUUACGACAUCGACGCUGUUGAGUCUGCCUCCCGCGCUCGGCCCUACAUCUCUUGGGUCUGCCGCGUUGAGCAGCUUGCGCAGUUCUAUGUUCGACAGUAUCAAGUCGACACAUCACAUCACCACUGCAGCGCCUACACAGACUACCGCGAGUACUCCAGCGUUGCAGUCAACGACUGUCAUGCUCGGCUCCGGCGAGACAACUACACUCGACCAGGAGAGUACAAAACUAUUGUGCAGGGUGGCUGUGAGCAUGGCCGCGUGCCUUGCGCUGGCUCUCUUCUUGUGAUGGAGACGGACAGUCACUUCAAGACCAACCUCACCCUAACACUCUCCAACAUGCAGGCUCUGGAAGUCGAGCAUCGAACAGCUGUGAGCACGUAGCUCGAGGGUGAUGUUGAUACACCAGAAUACAAAUCGUAACCAAGUCUACCUCCCAAGCUUGUCGCCCAUUUAUACACAUAUACCCAAAGCCACCCCAGUUGCGCCAUACCCAGAUUUCGCCGAAGGUCGUCAUGCCUCAUCCAGGGCCGGGAACAGGUAGAUAGCUCGCCCGCGCCCGUCCAUUCCCCGCCCUCCACUUCACCACCCAGGGUUUCACGGCCGCCCAA